CCAGCUCACGGAGCCGCCCGGCGAUAAGGGCUCGACCCCGGAGCGCGUCUGCGCGGGCUCGCAUACGCCCAGCAGCACGGGCAGCAGCUGCCGCUUCCGCCCUUCUCCGCGCCGCUCUGCCGGUAGACAUGAAUUACUCUAGAUUCAUCACCACUGUGAGUGCAGCAAGAAAAGCAUCUCCAAUAAGACUUCUGACUGAAUUGAUGCAGAUUUCUCCUCCAUCUCUCAUCUCUCUGGCUGGAGGGGCACCAAACCCUAACGUUUUUCCAUUUAAGAGGGCUACUGUUGCCAUUGGAGAUGGAACUGCUGUUGAAAUUGGGGAAGAUCUGAUGAAGAGAGCUCUCCAGUACUCAGCCUCAGCAGGGAUUCCAGAGCUGUUGUCUUGGCUGAAGAAUUUCCAGCAGAAAAUCCAUAAUCCCCCUACAGCCAACUACAGACCUGAGCAAGCACAAAUGGAAGUGUGUGUCACAACUGGCAGCCAGGAAGGCUUGAGUAAAGUAUUUGAAAUGCUCAUUAAUCCUGGAGACAACAUCCUUUUGGAUGCACCUACAUACUCUGGGACACUAGCAGCUCUGAGACCUUUGGGUUGUAACAUAAUUAAUGUUCCUAGUGACCAACAUGGCAUUAUUCCAAAAGAUCUGAAAAAAAUUCUAUCUACUUGGAGCGCAGAAGAUGUAAAAAAUCGUAGCAACCAACUCCCCAAAUUCCUCUACACUAUUCCAAAUGGCUGCAACCCAACAGGAAACUCUCUGACCACAGAGCGCAAGAAGGAAAUUUACCAGCUUGCAAGAAAAUACGAUUUCCUUAUAAUAGAAGAUGAUCCUUACUACUUUCUUCAGUUUGAAAAGCCAUGGGCUCCAACUUUCCUCUCAAUGGAUGUGGAUGGCAGAGUUAUCAGGACUGACUCUUUCUCUAAAAUUCUUUCAUCUGGGUUAAGAAUAGGUUUUCUGACAGGUCCCAAGCCUCUUAUCGACAGAGUUAUUCUACACAUUCAGGUUUCAACAAUGCACACGAGCACUUUCACACAGAUCAUGGUAUCACAGCUGCUUCAGCAAUGGGGAGAAAAGGGUUUCUUGGAGCAUAUAGACAGAGUGGUGGAGUUCUACAGGACACAGCGGGAUGCAAUGCUCAUUGCUGCUGACAAGUGGCUAAAAGACUUGGCGGAAUGGUACCCUCCUUCUGCUGGCAUGUUCUUGUGGAUCAAAAUUAAAGGUGUUUCUGAUACACAGCAGCUGAUCAUGGAAAAAGCUCUGCAGAAAGAAGUGCUACUUGUUCCUGGGGGAGCAUUCAAUAUUGACAGUUCUGAGCCUAGUUCUUAUGUCAGAGCCUCCUUCUCUUUGUCUUCUCCAGCCCAGAUGGAUCUGGCCUUCAAGAGACUGGCUGACCUUAUAAAAGAAGCUUUGUGAAAACACUCCAUAGAGUUUUUGCAGCAAUCAAAAUCAUAUCCAGAAAAUAUUUAUUAGCAUUUGGAUUUCAUCAGAACACUAAAAUCAAGAGUUUCCUUAGAUCAUUUCACCUAAAAAAGCACAAACCAAAAGAGUGAAAAACAAUUUGCCGAAUUCUUUUUGUCAGGGCCAUACAUUACUAAAUUUAUUCCAAUUCAGAAACAUUUAAAAUCAACAAAAAAAAAAAUGUUCUCUUCCCUGUCAAAUUCAUAAUUAUGUUAGACUUAAACUCAUUUUUGUUUUGGACUUUUUUUUUCCAUUUGGGCUGUGAAAAGGGAAAAAACCAGUUAGUUCUGAAGUUGCAUCUGAGGUGAUCUUAGCCACUAUUACUUAAUCUUGACUGAUGCAUUCCUCCAACACCUUACGUUGGAAUUGGUUUUCUGUCACUUGCCUUCUUGUCCUAGUGUAUGGCAUGUGGUUUUGAAGAUCUGAGGAUCAGUAUUUAACUAUAGUAAAGUUUUGUCACACCAAAUUGAUGUAAGAAUGCUAAAAAACUGAAACUGAUCCCAUAAAAUUAGGCUGUCCUUUCAAAUUCGCAUGAGAUUUGCAGUGCAUUCACUGAUUUGUAAAAGGUGUUCUGAUUGUUGGCUUCCACUUCAGUUUGUGACUCUUUACCUGCGUUUACAAAUCCUUGGUUUGCAAAGGCAUGUGCUUGUGCUGAAGGAACUGCUCUCUGCUCUUAACUAACCAAUCAGUCAGACGUUUUUAAACAGAGAGCAUAAGUAACUCUGGGAUAUAGUGGACAAUACCCUGACACUUCCAGAUCUAUAAACCAAACAAAAUGAAAACAUAGAGAAAUGUUUUGAUCUAUAACCCCUUGGUAUGUGCAAAUGCAUGGAAUUUCAAAAAUAUGUUUUCAAAAGUCCAGACAAUCCUUCAGCACUUGAGGUAAUCCAACCAAAUAAGAGUCAGGCACCUUGCUUAAUUGGAAGUUUCCACAGGAGUCAUGGUUUUAGCACUUAAAAUUAUUUUUAUUCCCUCUUUUCCCCCUAGUUAUAAAGGGCAUGUGUCAUAAACUAGCACAGUUGGAGUACUGUGUCCAGUUUUGGAGCCUCAACACAAGAAGA